AUGAAGGAAGACUGUGCACCCAGUUCUCAUGUGCCCAUCAGCGACAGUAAAUCCAUUCUGAAGUCGGAGCUCUUACACCUGCUGAAAACCUACAACUGCUACCACGAGGGCAGGAGCUUCCAGCUGAGACACCGAGAGGAGGAAGGGGAGCUGGUCAUCGAGGGGCUCCUCACCAUCGCCUGGGGGCUGCGGCGGCCCAUCCGCCUCCAGAUGCAGGACGACCGGGAGCCGGCGCCCCUCCUCGGCCGCCUGGACGCCGGGCAGCCCAGCUGCCGCCUAAAGGAGCCGCUUCUGCAGGGGGGCCCUGCCCCGCAGCCCGGCCCGCAGCCCCCGGAGCCCAGGCCUGAGAGUGCCCACAGCAGCUCAGGGCCCCUGGAGGAGGACGAGGAGACCCCGCAGCUGAUGCGAACCAAGAGCGACGCGGCCUGUGUGGUCCAGCGGAGGCCCCGCUGCCGCGGCCCCGACGAGACCCAGAGGACCCGGCGGCACCGCUUCUCCAUCAACGGGCACUUCUACAACCACAAGACCUCCGUGUUUACGCCUGCGUACGGGUCCGUGACCAACGUGAGGGUCAACAGCACCAUGACCGCCCUGCAGGUGCUCAGCCUGCUGCUCAGCAAGUUCCGGGUGGAGAACAGCCCCAGCGAGUUCGCACUCUACGUGGUUCACGAGUCGGGGGAGCGGACAAAACUAAAGGACUGUGAGUACCCGCUGAUUUCCAGGAUCCUGCACGGGCCCAGUGAGAAGAUUGCCAGGAUCUUCCUGAUGGAGGCCGACCUGGGCGAGGAGGUUCCUCACGACGUUGCUCAGUACAUUAAGUUUGAAAUGCCGGUGCUGGACAGUUUUAUUGAAAAAUUAAAAGAAGAGGAGCAAAGAGAAAUAAUCAAACUGACCAUGAAGUUCCAAGCCCUGCGCCUGACGAUGCAGCAGCGCCUGGAGCAGCUGGUGGAGGCCCAGUAG